AUGUCUGGAGCACGAAGGGAUAAUAAUCAGCAACAAAGCUCUUGGUUGAAGACAGCAGCUACAUUUGCUGUGGGAGCAGCAGUGGGCGCAGCGGCGGCUGGAAUUGCUUAUUUUGCAGCGACCGAGGACGACCGAAUGGAGCAGCAGCAACGCCAACAACAUGCAAAUAUGCAAGCACCACGGGCGAGGGUCAGUCGAAGCGGAUCAACAGACUCUCUCGAAGAGGAAAAAGUUUUGGGUGUCGUCAAGGUCUGUGAGAUCUGUUUUGAAGACUUUGAACAGUUGAAGGACCGUGAGAUUCAUAUAAUGGCAACUCCAUGUGGGCACGUUUUCUGCCGAGUAUGCAUCGAAGAGGCCCUUACACGUCAACCUCGUUGCCCUCAUUGUCGCCAAAACGUCGAAAUUCAGCAAUUGCAAAGGCUAUAUCUCUGA